GGGAAGAUGGAUGAGGUGCUGAGUCGUCUGACAACUCAGCCAGGCGUCAAGGCUGCAGCGGUGUACAAUGCAUACGGCAUCAAAGUCGGAGGUGCGAGCAGCGUCAUCGCAGUAUCACGAAGGAACUGACUGCAUCUGUGCCUGCCUGUGUAUGUGUGUGUGCGUCAGGCAAGGGCGAGAUGCCCGACAACGCCUCACUCAUCAGCACGAUUGUGCAGGAGGCCAGCCGGAUGGAGCAGGAAGGCGCUGCUGCGCCCGUGGUGUGCAUCGAAACCGCACACAGGUGUGCAGUGAGUGCAUCGAACCGAUGGGCAAAGAGUGUGUGCCUGCAUAUGGGUGUUCAGGAGUUUCAUUGCGAAGGCGAAGGACGGCCACACGCUGGUGAUGGUGAAGGGCAAUGCGGGCGGGAGGUGACAGAGAG